UACACAGAGUAUUUAUGACAUGCCGUGCGGUACUACUUCCAGUAUUUCUCUCUCUGGAAGACUGGGGCCUGAAUUGAACUUGCUUGAUUGGUAAAAACUCGAACGUAAUCGCUUUGGUCCGCCCCCUAUUGAAAGUCGGCCCCGCCUCGUUUUCUGCGUUUUGUUGCUCGCUGUUUCUGCUGAAUGGUCUAUUUUUUUUCAGUCGCCUCACAGCGUUCCUUUAGAAAGUACUGAUCGUAGUGCUUACCAGACAGACAUGGCCCUCCUAGAACUUGCCCUACAGGGGCUCGCCAUCUUCGGAUUCAUCCUUUUUCUCGUCCUGUGGUUUAUGCACUUCAUGUCCAUCAUCUAUGUACGUCUUCAUCUCAACAAGAAAGCCUCAGACAAACAGCCCUACAGCAAGCUUGCAGGCGUCUCAUUGCUGAAGCCCUUGAAAGGAGUGGACCCCAACCUCAUCAGCAACCUAGAAACCUUCUUUGAGUUGGAUUAUCCCAGAUAUGAAGUGCUCCUGUGUGUCCAAGACCAUGAUGAUCCAGCCAUCGAUGUCUGUAAAAAGCUGCUGGGCAAAUACCCAAAUGUGGAUGCCAGGCUAUUUAUAGGUGGUAAAAAAGUUGGCAUUAACCCAAAAAUAAACAACUUAAUGCCAGGCUAUGAAGUAGCCAAGUAUGACCUGGUUUGGAUCUGUGACAGUGGUAUUCGAGUGAAACCAGACACUUUGACAGACAUGGCCAAUCAGAUGACAGAAAAAGUGGGUCUUGUCCAUGGGCUCCCAUAUGUAGCAGACAGACAAGGCUUUGCUGCCACUUUAGAACAGGUGUAUUUCGGCACAUCUCACCCACGUUCCUAUAUCUCAGCUAAUGUUACUGGCAUUAAGUGUGUAACCGGAAUGUCCUGCUUGAUGAGGAAGGAUGUGCUCGAUCAAGCAGGGGGUCUCAUUGCUUUCGCACAGUACAUCGCAGAAGAUUACUUUAUGGCCAAAGCCAUUGCUGACAGGGGGUGGAAAUUUUCCAUGGCAACACAAGUAGCAAUGCAAAACUCUGGUUCCUACUCAAUUUCUCAGUUCCAGUCACGAAUGAUCAGAUGGGCCAAACUACGAAUUAACAUGCUUCCAGCCACGAUUAUCUGCGAGCCAAUCUCAGAGUGUUUUGUGGCUAGCCUAAUAAUCGGCUGGGCAGCUCAUUAUAUUUUCAGAUGGGACAUCAUGGUGUUUUUCAUGUGUCAUUGCCUAGCCUGGUUUAUAUCAGAUUACAUCCAACUCCGAGGAGUCCAGGGUGGAUCUCCGUGCUUUUCCAAACUUGACUAUGCAGUGGCGUGGUUCAUCAGAGAAUCCAUGACGAUACACAUCUUUUUAUCAGCCUUGUGGGACCCUACAAUCAGCUGGAGGACGGGGCGCUACAGGUUACGCUGCGGAGGCACAGCUGAGGAAAUCCUUGACGUAUAACUGCAACAAAAACCUGGGACUAUGUAAAAGGAGAAAAAAAAAAUAAAUGCAACAAAUGCAAAAAAUUAUACAUUAUGUUUGUAUGGGGGGGUGGGGGGGAGAAGAACCCUGAAAACUUUUAAUGAAUUCAACCUUUGAUAGUUUUUACUUGUGUGUGUAAAAAGCGUUUAUUAUUUAUUUGUGUGGCACUUGCAGCUAGCUUUUUUAAGACUGUAAAUGUAGUUUCAUCACCCCUAAAAAGGUAGGUGGGGGGACGGGACAACCAAGGAAAAAGGAACUGGGGAAAAAAGUAGACUUCAAACUGGUGUUUUAUUGACUUUUAUUUCACCCUUUCAGAAUAAAGUGUUAUCUAAACAAAAAAUUGAAAUCUGGUUUAAGAAGUUUGAAGAAAUGUUGACAUGGAAAUCUAUAAAAGGGAUCUCAUUCUACAUAAAGUAGUAGGGCCGUCCUAUUUACAAAAUUGGCUCGGGCAGCAACAUCAGAAAAGUAUUAGUUGGUAAGCCCCUAAUAUUGUGAUUUUAAAAAAGUGGAUGGCUGGCAGUCCUAAUUGGUUAAUUGUGAAAAAGUGCUUGAUGGUAAGCUUCCACGUCUUGUAUAUUUCUAACUUAAUUGUGUAAGCAGGUUGCCGUAUACUAAACCAGGCACUUCACACAAAACCUGCAUGUCUACUGAUGCAUUUCCCCAAGUUCCUAUUCUGAAUAAAGUAGUUUUAGGCCUCGGGGCGGGGGUUCUGAUGGGUUAAUUUGUAUAUUUGGGGAUUUUGGCAAGCAGUCAGGCUCUUCAGGAAAACAAAUCUAUUUCUGUGCUUGGUUGUCUUUUUGAAGUAUUUUGUGGGGAUAUUAGUAAGGUGCUUUUAAUGUCAUUCAAAAUAAUUAACCCUGAGUUGAUGGCUGGGAUAAAAACACAGAAGUAAAGAAAAUGGCGAACAGCCAAUCAUUGGCUCUUCUCUGUCCACAGUUAGUUACUUGCUGUAUUAUAGCUUUGGCUAAAUAAAUAUAGAGGCUAUGAAUGAAACUGUUUUGAUACGUGACAUUUCAUUUUAGGAAAUCAUUUCAAUAUUUUCGUACAAAAAUAUACCAUAGUUCAGGAAGACUUUUUAAAUGAAUGUAAUAUUGCAUGUAAAUGAGUAAAUGUGGACUAACUGUUUAAUUUAAAGUAAGAUUUUAAAUACAUGCCAUAGUAGACGCCAUACUAGUACACUUUCUCGUCAUUACAGAACUCUUGCAUUAUCGACUAUCAAAUCAAGUCUGCUGUUAUUUGCCGCCUUUGUGAAUAGUCUUUGUACUGAGUAUAAUUUUGUAUUCCACCUUGUGACGGUGGGAGAGGGCGGGGGGGGGGGGCGUUAGUAGGGACACUGUACCUCCUGUUUUCUCCCGUGACACAUGUUUUGUGUGUAUUUUAUUGAUGGCUGAAAAGAUUGGAAUGUUAUACAGUGGGGAAUUGGACUUUUUUUGUAUACAUUGUGUUUACUUAGGGUGAACAAGGUUGGGGAUAAGACUGGAGCCUUUUGCAGCAUCCUGAUAAUAUUGGUCCUAUAGUAUGUCAUAGUUGAGCCUUAAUUGUGUUUUUAAAGACUUGAUACAAUUUCAGACUGGAUGCAGUUACCUUAAGUGUCAAGCAGCUGUACAAGCAUUCAAUGCGUGUACAUUGUAGAAAUGACUUCUUAGACACUACUGAACCUGUUGAGCUUGUGUUACACACAUUGAGUUCAUCUGGGGCAAGCCGCUUUUAAACAAAGCAACCCGCCUUCAGUUUCAAAGUGAACAACCCAAUCAAACUUGGUUAAGGAGAAGGUUCUCAUGUAAGGUGUAUAUUUAUGAAUACAUGUGUAAAAAUGUGUGUGUUUUUGCAGAUUAUUUUUAAUGCUUAGAACAUGAAUACACUGUAUAUGUAACCAGAACUCCUGUAUUAUAUGCACAUGCAGGUGGCUAGGCUAUAGUUGCUAGUAUAUCUAUGGACCAAGUCUUAACUGUUUAUUAGCCUUAUGACACACAUGUAAUUGGUUUGAAGGGCUGCUACGAAUGUGAAUAAAGGCUCCAGUGUUCUCAGUCUUCUGGCUGUUUUCACCAAAUCGUAUAAUAUCAAGAUGAAGUGGAUUGAACGGAUUACAAAAGCAAACAACAACAAAAUAAAAAGUCUAGUUGUGAUCCACCAUUCUUUAAAAAAAUAUAUAUAUAUUGUCUUGUGAAAUAUGUAUAGUUGUGGAUACUUUAUUUGCAGUGUAUUCAUGAAGUUUGGUUGAUACCAUUGCAAUCACUGCUCAAGUGAAGCCUAACUAGCUGUUAUGUAGGCAGCUUUUUUUAAUUAUUUUUUUUGCCGAGCAGUGUAAACGAAAAAAGAAAAUGCUGGACGAACUUCAUUGUGUUUUUUCAUGAAAUUAUUGUUUUGUAGAUAUGAAUUCUUGACUGUUCUAUAUUGUAUUCUGAAGCUGAAUGCAUAAGCCACAGCUGGAAACUGUGAUUACAGAAAAAAAUUAAAGCUUUAUUGAAGUCAUUCUUAUUUUUUAUUUAUUUAUUUUUUUGAUGCAAUGUGUUUGUUUGGAUUUUGUUUACUACUUUAGAACAGCUGUUGGUUUUUUUGAUGUGUCCAUUUUUUGGGGGGGGGAGAUACAGGUAUAAAUGAUAGUGUACAGCUAAAAUGUACAGCAGUAAAAACAUUUAAACAAGUUAUAUAAAGAAAUGACAUAUUGAUCAAACUAAAACUAGUUCAUCACAACAGCACACAACAAAAUCAAACCAGCACAUUGCACAAGUAUUUGGCCUACCUUCCUCAAGGCUACAGUUAGGUAUAUGUAUUCUAGGUAUGUUUCUGUUUUGUACUAGGAUUAAACCCACACCAUCUGUCAAUAGGCAGUAUUUUCUACAGGGUGAAACCAUAAAACCUUUUAAAAGUAUUAUUUUCUUAUCUGGUAAACUAAUUUGUUUUCCUAGUUUCCACAGCAUCAGUACUACAGCUAUGGCCAGCACUUUUGCAUCACCCUAUAGAAUUAACUAAUUUUGCUUCAUAAAGUCUAAUGAAACCUGCUGAAUAAUGUUACGUUAACAUAGUGAAUUGCAUAGCGUUUUGUAGGUUUCAAUAUACUUAACAAAAAAACUGAUAAAUUGAAAAAUGUGACAUGUCAAAAUCUAACAUGAAAUACUGUACUACUAUUCUGGCUUCUGGUAGACUUUUUAUGCUAUCAUGUAGUUUCUUUGAUUACACAAUGUUAAAUAAAAUAACUAAAUUAUGUUCAUGGUG